AUGGUGGAUGCAGGACAUACGGGGCUUGCCCUUGCAGCUGUGGUUCUGCUUGAUGUUGAGCAGGAACUGCGUGACUGCUCAGGCCAGCAGCGCAAACGUCGAAGUGUGUGGAUGAAGCCAUAUUUAAAGCGGCGUCCCCAGAUGAGCUGCUGUGAAAAUCUAAUGCGGGAGCUCGCCAUGGAGGUCAAAGACAACUACAGGCGAUAUAUCAGAAUGGACGUGUCCACAUUUGAGCAUUUGCUGAACCUGGUUCGGCCACAGAUUCAAAGGCAGGAUACAAACUUCAGGGAAGCCAUUUCGCCAGAAGAACGGUUAUCCGUCACCUUGAGACUCCUCGCAACUGGUGAAUCGUUCCACUCCCUUGGAUUCCAGUUCCGUAUGGCACACAAUACCGUUGCAGGAAUAGUGCUCGAGGUAUGCAGGGCACUGUAUGCCGUCCUGAAGUCACAGUACCUGAAGGUGCCCACAACCGAGGAUGAGUGGAAAAAGGUUGCAAUGGCAUUCGAAGAUGCUUGGAACUUUCCAAACUGCAUUGGAGCCCUGGAUGGCAAACAUGUUCAGAUCCUGCCUCCAUCAAAGUCUGGAGCUAUGUAUAGAAACUACAAAGGCAGCUUCAGUAUUCUGUUGAUGGCACGUGUUGGAGCUGACUUGGAGUUUCUGUACAUCGACGUUGGGAGGAACGGAAGACUUUCGGACAGUGCAGUUUGGAAUGACUCCACCCUCAACAAUGUCAUUGAAAGCAACAGCCUUCACAUUCCCUCGGCAAGCGUGCCUCGGGGAAGUGACACUACUGUGCCAUAUGCUAUUGUAGCUGAUGAAGGGUUUGGACUGAAGACUUACAUGCAGCGCCCCUUUUCUGCCAGAGAGCUCAACGUCGAAAGACGAAUUUAUAACUGCAGACUCUCAAGGGCAAGAAGAGUGGUCGAGAAUGCAUUUGGUGUUCUGGCAAGUGGCUGGCAAGUUUACAGGAGUCUAAUGAGGGUUCUUGCUGAAACUGCCAAGGACAUAGUGAAAGCCACAGUUGUGCUGCACAAUGUGCUUCAGAAUGGGAGGUCCACCAAAAGGCUAUACACCCCGCCUGGCUACCUUGACACCGAAGACAUCCUCACAGGUUACAAUCUUUGA